UACCAGUCACAGAUCAGCAGAAAAUUUGACAAGAGUUCAGCUACGUUUGCAAGAACUGGAAGACAAGCAUUUGCCUGGCACAGGACACUUGAGCCUGAAGAUGGCAAAUGGACCAGCCCUGUCCACUGCUAAUGGUGGAGAAGUGUAUGUGGGGAGCGGAUUCAGAGAUUCCCUCACGCUGUUGGAUAUUCUUCAUGCAAAUCAGUUUGAAGGAAAGUUUGUUGAACCUCAACACGCUGAGCAAGUGGAGGAAAACUUUUACAGAGGGGCCCCACCGAACUGGUUAAACUUCUAUAUCAGUGAACAAGCAGUGUCAGAUGGCAAUGCAACUCCUUUUAUCAAACGAGAUGGAUAUGAAACCCUUAAAGAACAAAUUCACCUGAGAAGAAAAGGCCCUGUGACAUCAACAAUCAAACUGUUCCAUCAACAAGGAUGUGGGGGAACCACACUGGCUAUGCAGGUGCUGUGGGACUUGAGGGAUACCUUUAGAUGUGCUGUUUUGACAGGCUCAACAUUAGAUAUCACAAAAGUUGCAAAUGAGAUAGUCCGACUUUUCAUGGCAGGCAGUCGAAACUACCAGAACACUGUGUUGCUGUUAGUUAAUGAUGAUGAGCCAAUCCUGAAAAAUCUCCAUCACAGCAUUAUAACAGAAAUUACUAAAGAAGAAGUUGAUGCUGUUAUGCCUGUGGUCAUUUUACUCAACUGUGUGAGAAGUAGUGAUGGGCUUAUCCACCAAAUGGAACAUUCUGACAAACAAACAGAAAAUGAGAAAAUGAGAAAAUCUAUUAUUCUCAAAAAAUCUCUCUCAGCCAGAGAGCAAGCAGACUUUGAUAUGAAAAAAGAAGAGCUUGGCAGAAGAUUUGGUGAUCGGUGCAAGCAGUUUCAUGGUUUUAACAUUCUGCAGUCUAAGUUCUCUCAAGCCUACAUCAGGAAUGCAUGUGCUACAUUAGAACAUAUCAAAAGAACAAA